AUGGAGUUCGCCUACAGCGUGGCAAUGUAUGCCCCUGAAUUCCGCAGACCACCACCGAGGGCAUCGGCAUCGGCCACCCUCACCACCACUCCAGAUCCUACUCUUCCCACUCCCACUCCCACUCCCACUCCCCGACCUCCCACUGCUACGGAUGAGACUGCGAGUGCCGCCGCCGGCAGCUACUCCCACAGCCACCACGACAGCACUGGCAACAACGGCGAGAUCACCAAUGCUGUCACUGGCACUGGCACCGACGCCGACAAACCCAGUCACAGCCACGUCGACUGGCACAGCGCAAAGCGAUUCAGGAGACCCGGCCGACGACGCGCAACCUCCGUCCACACGCAGGGUUCGUCCGAACUGGCUCUGAAGUCAUCGCAUCACCAGAGGACGCCAUCCAGCGGUGCCAACUCCCGAACGUCGCACGAAUCCCACCCUCAGAAACCCCUGCGGCUCCCCUUCAAACCGCACAACUCGUCCAGUAAGACAGAGGAGACUACCACCGAGAACCACGUCGCUGAUGUCACGGCGUACCGCACUGGCACCACUGCCCCUUUCACCUAUGGGAGCGUAGUCGCAUCGCCACAAGUGCAAGCAAGCGCGAAGACCAUCGACUCGACCGCUCCUGUCGCACUCGUCCACGUUGCGGCGACCCCGAUCGCGUCUGUGCCUGAUUCUGCUACGUCCGCUUCAGCUUCCGCGUCCGCAUCCGCACCCGAGCCGUCGCCUGCUACCCCGAAACCCCUUGGCGUCCGGCCUGCGCAUCUCCCUUUCUUCCACUACAACAGCUCCGGGCAUAGCCACAGUCAACAAAACAGACUACACAAACGCGAUCCUUACCGUCGGACAUCGAGUCACGCUCUGCGCCAGGCGUCAUCUGACCCGUCAACCCCGACUCUGUCAAAACCUGGUGCUGCGGGUACCGACCCCUCGUGGCCCAGACCCCUGAGGCCAACAACGAGCAGGGACCAACAUGACGACAUGGCCGGAUCUAUACCUCCUCCAAAGUACCCUUCCUUCAGCCGCACGAGCGAUAGCGUCUCCUCCGCCUCGGGCACACCUCGCUCGAACCAAGCCGGCGUGAUGGCUUCGUACGAUAACUUGCCCAACUCCUCGGCCGAGGGGAGCGGGCCAGCGUCAACGGCAUCGGCAUCGACUGCUUCCAAGCCACAAUCUGUCGGGCCCAAGCCCUUCAUCGUCCGCAAUAAUCGCACAUACAUACACGAUCCGACAUUGCCAUAUCCCCUGCCGGUUGAUCUGGCAGAACUUCACCGGCAGUCCCUCCGCACCUUAAUGACCUUCCAGUUAUUUGGCGGUCCGAUCAUAUCGACCGCCUUCGCUAACAAACCACCAACACGUGUCCUUGAGGUGGGAUGUGGUUCGGCUUUUUGGAGCAUGAUGUGCCAUCGGUACUUUGCCCAGCAUGGUCAUUCGUCCAUCUCCUUUACUGGUGUUGACAUCGUUUCCCUGGCGGGCUCUGGACUUGACACGAAUAGCAAACCGGACAAGGAUAUGAAGUGGCGAUUUGUCCAGCAUGACUUGCGGCGGUGUCCCUGCCCGUUUCCCGAUGGCGAAUUCGACUUGAUCAUGGUGAAGGACUUGUCCCUCUGCUGCUCGUUUCGCGACGCGCAGCCCGUCCUCGAAGACUAUUUGCGCAUGUUGAAACCGGGUGGUGUGAUAGAAGUAUGGGAGACAGACUUUAGCAUCCGCAUGCUACGACCGCAUGUCCUGAAGACUUCAGCUCCUGCUGUCAAAAGUGAUGAUAGUGAUUCUUCCAGUGACGAGGAGGACGAGGAAGCCGAUGCGCUAAAGUUGGGUGCUUAUGUGAUGACGACAAACACACCGCUCAGCGCACCGCUGAACCCGUUUCUGGUGGAGUACAAUGGUUGGAUAACCAAAGCCCUCGAUGCACGUGGGCUGUCUGCAGUACCUUGUACGCUUACUGGGCCGCAUCUACUGCAAGAGUCCGAGACCUUGCUUGAUGUGCGCUCAGAAAGGUUGGCGGUGCCACUGAGUGAGGUCCGAUGGGAGCGGGAAGGUGUCGGCGGUGUGGUGACCAAAGACGGGAAGAGCUACAUCGAUUCGAUGAAGGGGAAAAGUAAGGCAACGGACGUCAAAGGAGGGAAACCUGCAGGCAAGACGUUGACCGCUGGCCAGGCAGCUCUCCGGCGGACUGCGCUCGAGACGACGGUUGGACAGAUUUGCAGUCUCGAACCCAUGCUGAGAGAGGUCAGUGGAAAGAGCCAGGACGAAUGGGAUGGCUGGACUGCCAAGAUGGUCAACGAUCUUCUGCGCGAGAAUGGUACUAGCUGGGGCGAGUGCCUUGAGGUCGGCGCAUGGACUGCGCGAAAGAGAAUGAGCAACAAGCCUUGA